UAUUUUACAAAGAAGCCUUCAUGUUGUUCGACAAGGACGAAGACGGCACGAUCACCAUGGCGGAGCUAGGGGUCGUCAUGCGCUCGCUGGGACAGAGACCUUCAGAGACUGAGCUUCGAGACAUGGUGAAAGAAGUAGACCAAGACGGCAACGGCACCAUCGAAUUUAACGAGUUUUUGCAGAUGAUGUCCAAAAAGAUGCGCGGCGCCGAUGGCGAGGACGAGCUUAGAGAGGCUUUCAGGGUAUUCGACAAAAACAACGACGGUCUAAUUUCCUCGGUGGAGCUACGCCACGUGAUGACCAACCUCGGCGAGCGGCUCAGCGAAGAGGAAGUGGACGACAUGAUCCGCGAGGCUGACCUCGAUGGAGACGGCAUGGUCAACUACGAUGAGUUCGUGACAAUAUUGACGUCGAAAAACUAGUAUGCAGAGCAAACGCCGACGAGAGACCCUCCCCCUCGAGCACCGGCUCCCCGUAAGGACAGCAACGUCAGCACCCACCCUUACGGGGACGUCUACAAAUACGGCGGGAAAGAAACUCUUAUAUAAACGGGACGGCAUUAAACGAACAGUGACAAUUCAUUAACCAGUGUUAAACGUUAACGAUAAUUAACCGUUGUUUUAGAUCGCGCUUGGUGGCUGUGUAUACGGGGUUAAUGUUUAGAUGUGUGUCAAGUUUGCUACAAAUUGGGAGGAAAAAAUAUGGAUUUUUUUCUCUUAAUUUUAAUGCAGGAAGCUAUAAUUGUGAAUUGAAUUAAACGCCGUUACAAGUUAGUUGAUUUGAAAUAGCGAAUUUUAGAUUGUUAGUUAAAUAAAUGUUUUAAAGACUGCUAGUGUAGUCGAAAUCAUUUGAUAUUUAACGUUAAAAUUCAUUUAAUAAUACAGUUUGUUUUCAGUUAUUUUAGUAACAAAAACAAGUCUGAUAUUAAAUUAAUAAAAAUACUUAACUAACUUGUAACAGCUAAAGCAUACUAAUCGAUAUAAUUAACCUAAUCUUAAACAAUAGAUAAUAAAACAACUAAACUAACCAUAACAAUCAGUGUAAAUUACAUCAUAGAUAUAAUAAAGAGCAUUGUCAUAGAUUCACUAGGUAGAGAUAAAAUUAAAAUAGCUGUUAACAAAAA